AUGUCAAAAAGUAACGUGAACAACAUCUCUGAUAUACUCGAACAACAUGCUUGUGUUACAUUGAAUAUGACUGAUUGUCUUCGAUUAAUUCGAUUUCCAGCAUCAAUUAUUGAUGUUAUUCGUCAAGUUAUUAUUACUAAUUGGCCACGAGGUUUGAAUAAAGAAAGACAAGAUAUUGAUUUUUAUGAAUUUAAAUUGUAUGGAAAUCCUUGGUGGGAUCCAAAUGAUGAUGCUAUAUUAUCUCGAAUUUUAAUGAUUCAUAUUCUUUCAGCUCUCUAUAAACAUGGUUGGUAUUUAUUAACAUCAACUCAAAUAUCUAAAAGACUAUACGAUAAAGAUUCAUUAAUAUUUCAACUUAGAGUACCUCAACCAGAAACAUCAUUUUUUGCUAUUUCAUUUAAUGAUUAUGAUAAAUUACGAUUGAUCUGUGUUCCCCAUGAACUUAUUCCAUUAGUACAACAAACUCUUGGGAAAGCUAUGAUUCAACGAGAAGCAUGGUGUGAUGGAGGAAAAGUGUAUCAAUUUAAAUUACAUGGUAAUCCAUGGAUAGGUCAUAAAAAGGAAGCAAUUAUUUCUCGAAUUAAACUUCUUUCUUUACUCGAUUGUUUUAAUACAUUCGGUUGGAAAUUAUAUGCAAGUAUUGAUAUAAGUCAAGGUGAUGAAGGUAGAGAUACAGAUUCUUGGGUUUUUCGUCGAGAUAUUCAAUAA